GAGGGUUUUAACUAUGAAAGUCACAGAAAACGGCUUCCUCCAGUAAGCUCAUCAAUGGCGGUUCUGAGCCUCCCCUACUUUAACUAGGCGAAACUAGUACACCAUUUAGUCAGCCAACCCUCGUUUUCCCAUCAAUUUUUGCAAUAAUGUUGAAGGCUCUCACAUCCUCAUGUCUGCAGAAUCGUUUCCACGCCGUCACAACGGCAUUUACCCCUCAAGUUCGCCGUGGCACUGACUCGAAUACGCCCUUGCUUCGGGUUUUAGGUUCGCUAAGAAGUUCGAAUCGCAGGGGCCCUUAUUUGUCUCGACGAUUCUUUUGUUCGGAUUCUACUGAUGGGUCCGAAUCGAAUUCCGAAGCUGCUGCAUCCGAAGCCAAGCCGGCCGAGAAAGGCGGAGAUGCUGAUUCUAAGGCUUCCGCUGCUAUUGUUCCUACUGUUUUUAAGCCUGAAGAUUGCCUUACGGUUCUAGCACUGCCACUUCCACACAGACCGUUAUUUCCAGGGUUUUAUAUGCAUAUUUAUGUGAAGGAUCCCAAGGUAUUAGCAGCCUUGCUGGAAAGUCGAAAAAGGCAAGCACCUUAUGCUGGCGCUUUCCUUAUGAAAGACGAGCAAGGGACUGAUCCUAAUGUUGUGUCUGCCUCAGAUACAGAAAAAAACAUCUAUGAGCUUAAAGGAAAAGACAUGUUGAACCGUCUUCAUGAAGUUGGUACACUUGCUCAGAUAACAAGUAUUAAAGACGACCAGGUUAUUCUUAUUGGUCACAGGCGGAUACGUAUGACAGAGGUGGUCAGUGAAGAACCCCUUACAGUGAAAGUUGAUCAUCUCAAGGAACAGCCGUACAACAAGGAUGACGAUGUUAUAAAGGCGACAUCUUUUGAAGUUCUAUCAACCCUAAGGGAUGUUUUGAAGACAAGUUCUCUCUGGAAGGAUCAUGUUCAAACUUAUAUCCAGGUGUUAGUCAUUUCUUGCUAAAUGUUAAGUCCUAAU